GAAGACAAGCGCACCGCCAUCCUCUACACCCUCCUCAGCCAGAACCUCGGCCGCAGCCCAGCCCGUCACCGCUGCCUCUGCCACCAGCGCCGGACCGUCUGCCUCCGCACGCCGCACGUCACCUGCCAGGCGGCCUCCAACGUGCUGGUAAAAACCAUCAGCUUCAUGAAAAACCUCCCUUCCUUCCACCUGCUGCCACGAGAGGAUCAGCUCCUGCUGCUGCACAGCUGCUGGGUCCCCCUUUUCCUCCUGGGGCUGGUCCAGGAGAUGGUCACCUUUGAGGUGAUGGAGACCCCGGCCCCCAGCAUGCUCAAGAAGAUCCUCCUUGCUGGCCAAAGCAAAGGGCAGGAGCCUGAGCAGACACAGCCCACGCUGGCCGCCGUGCAGCGGCUGCAGUGCUGCCUGAACACCUUUUGGAGCCUGGAUCUGAGCCCCAAGGAAUACGCCUACCUGAAGGGAGCCAUUCUCUUCAAUCCCGAUGUCCCCGGGCUGAGGGCCUCCCUGUACAUCGAGAGCCUCCAGCGGGAAGCCCAGAGAGCGCUGCAGGAGGUCCUGCAGCCCCUGCACCCUGAGGACCAGGGCCGCUUUGCCCGCGUUUUGCUGAUCGCUUCCACCUUAAAAUCCAUCCCUCCCGCCCUCAUCACGGACCUCUUCUUCCGCCCCGUCAUCGGCAACGCAGACAUCAUCGAGCUCAUCACGGAAAUGCUGUAG